AUGACCCGCGCCACUAACUUCACCGAGCUCUACUCAGGUAAAGGCAUCCUGGAGACGUAUAUGAUCGCCGAGAAGAUCACGCGGUACUUCACGCAGGAUCUGAUCGAGCUGUCGGGCCUGCUAGAGUCGAAUUUUCGACCACUCCAGGUGCUGGACCUCGCCUGCGGGACCGGGGUCGUGUCCGAGAAGCUCCAUGAGGUGUUAGCGGGCCAGCCCCAAGCCAGCUGGGAGCUGAUAUGCGGCGACAUCUCGACGGAGCUGACGGACCAUGUCAAGCGCAAGAUUGUCGAGGAAGGGUGGUCUAAUUCGAGCGCUCGGGUGAUGGAUGCCCAGAACACAGAGUUGCCUGCCACUGAGUUGACGCAUGUGUUUGCUGCGCUGGCGUGGACCUCAUUUCCUGAUACUUACGCCGCUUUGAACGAUACGCUCCGCAUUCUGAAGCGAGGUGGCACAUUGACCAUCUCAACCUGGCAGAAAACGGAAUGGCUCCCCGUCCUCGAAGCCGCCGUCCGCACCAUCCCAGCAGACCUCCCCUUCCCCACUACCAAAGAAUUCAUGUCCUGCAUGAAUCCCGGCUGGGACGACGAGGAGUACGUGCGUGGCCGCCUCGAGCAGGCUGGUUUCGUGCGCAUACACACGACCACAAUCUCCAAGGAAUUCAAUACCUCUACGGCCGAUCUGUACAAGAUCGCCGGGCCGGUAAUUCCGAUCAUAGUUAGUAAAUGGUGGUCGGUCGAGCAGCGCGAGGCUCAUGAGUGGGAGAUUUUGCCGGCGCUGGCGAGUUAUUUGGACAAGACGUACGGAGAGACCAGCCUGGUGCCGCAGAAGUGGACGGCGGUUUUUGCGAGGGGCGAGAAGAGGGGAUAG